GCUGUCAGGCUGUCUAGUCACAGAGGAAGGCUGUGCUUCUCUGGUCUCAGCUCUGAGGUCAAACUCCUCACACCUGAGAGAGCUGGAUCUGAGUAACAAUGACCUGAAGGAUUCAGGAGUGGAGCUGCUCUCUGCUGGACUGAGGAAUCCCCACUGUAAACUGGAGACUCUGAGGCUGUCAGGCUGUCUAGUCACAGAGGAAGGCUGUUGUUCUCUGGUCUCAGCUCUGAGGUCAAACCCCUCACACCUGAGAGAGCUGGAUCUGAGCUACAAUCACCCAGGAUACUCAGGAGUCAGACUGCUCUCUGCUGGACUGGAGGAUCCACACUGCAGACUGGAGAAACUCAAUGUGGAACAUGGUGGAGAGUACACAAUGAAACCUGGGCUUAGAAAAUAUGCCUGUGAUCUCACACUGGACCCAAACACAGCACACAGACUCCUCUCUCUGUCUGAGGAGAACAGAAAGGUGACAUGUGGGAAGAAGAAGCAGCCGUAUCCUGAUCACCCAGAGAGAUUUGAGGUCUGCAGACAGGUGCUGUGUAGAGACGGUCUGACUGGGCGCUGUUACUGGGAGGUAGAGUGGAGUGGGGGAUGGCCUGUUAUAGGAGUGACAUAUAAAGGAAUCAACAGGAGAGGAGAGGGUAAGGACUGUGGACUCGGAUGGAAUGACAAGUCCUGGAGUCUGUUCUGCUCUGACAACAGUUACACUGCCAGGCACAAUUAUAAUACCACUCUCAUAGACGUCCCUUCCUCCAGCUCCCACAGAGUAGGAGUGUAUCUGGACUGGUCAGCCGGCACUCUGUCCUUCUACAAAGUCUCCUCUGACACACUGACCCACCUGAACACAUUCUACACCACAUUCACUGAGCCCCUCUAUCCAGGGUUUUGGGUUUAUGAUGACUCUUCAGUGUCCCUAAUCAAACACAACACGCUAUUUUAAUAAAAUAUGAAAUAAGAAUAUAAAUGUAUUAAUAUAUAACUCUGUCCUCACACACACUGGAAACACACACACACACACCCACACACCCACAAUGGACACACACACAUAGACACACACCCACAAUGGACACACACAAACUGGACACACACACACACACAAACUGAACACACACGCAAACACACUGGACACACACGCACUGGACACACACACACAGGACACACACACACAGGAAGCACACACACACACUGGACACCCACACACACACACAAACUGGACACACACACACACACACAAACUGAACACACACGCAAACACACUGGACACACACGCACAUUGGCCACACACACACAGGACACACACACACACACACACACAGGAAGCACACACACACACAGGACACCCACACACAGUACACACACACACACAAACUGGACACACACGCACACAC